ACAGAGCGGCUCUGGGGGUGCCUGGCAUCGGGCCAGCGUCACCCCUCGGCACGGGCAGCCCCGAGACCCCGCGGCCCUGGGCGCGCAUUUCUGGGCACACCUGAGCUCGCACCUGCCCAGCGCCCCAAGGUUCCGCCUGCCUGGAAAAGCCCCAGCCGGGGCUGCAGCGUGCCGGGAACCCCCCAGCCAAUCCGAGCGCAGCAGGAGCGCGCCGCAGCCAAUGAGAGCGCGGGGCGUUGCGGAGUCAUCAGUCGCCGGGCAGAGGCUCCGGGCGGGCGCUCCCGGCGCAGCGCGGCUGCUUUGGGGCUGCGGCCCCUGCCCGGCGCUGCCGCGGGGCGAGGGGCGGCAGCUGCGGCCGCACUGGUGGCACUGGUGGCACUGGUGCUGCUGGCAGCGCCCCCGGCUGCGGGCGCCGAGCUCUCGGGGGUGUUCCAGUACAUGUUUAAGGCCGAGUGUCACUUCAUUAACAGCACGCAGAAGGUGAGGCACGUUGCGAGGUACAUCUACAACUGGCAGCAGUUCAUGCACUUCGACAGCGACGUGGGGCUGUUCGUGGGGGACGCGCCCUUGGGGGAGGUGAAUGCCAAGCGCUUGAACGAUGACCCGGCUAGACUGGGGCACAGACGGGCUGUGGUGGACACGUUCUGCCGGCACAACUACCCGAUCGUUGCCCCGUUCACCGUGGAGCGCCGAGUGCCCCCCAACGUGUCCAUCUCGCUGGUGCCCUCGAGCUCCCAGCCCGGCCCCGGCCGCCUGCUCUGCUCCGUGAUGGAUUUCUACCCCGCUGCCAUCCAGGUGCGCUGGUUCCAGGGCCAGCAGGAGCUCUCGGAGCACGUGGUGGCCACCGACGUGGUCCCCAACGGGGACUGGAGCUACCAGCUGCUGGUGCUGCUGGAAACGCCGCCCCGGCGCGGGCUCAGCUACAGCUGCCAGGUGGAGCACGUCAGCCUGGAGCAGCCCCUGAGCCGCCGCUGGGAGAUGCCGCCGGACGCCGGGCGCAGCAAGAUGCUGACGGGCAUCGGGGGCUUCGUCCUGGGCUUCGUCUUCCUGGCGCUGGGGCUCGGCUUCUACGUGCGCAAGAAGAGCUCCUGAGCCGCCGGCGGCCGCAGCCCCUCGCCCUGGCCUCGGGCCCCGGCGGGACCCCCCGCUCCGGCCCCCCGGCCGCUGAUGCCGGGCGGGCCCCGUGUCCCCCCCAGCCCCCGCAGCUGCCGCUCCGCCCCCGGCCAGCGCCCGCUCCCAGUGCUCCCAAUAAAGCUUCCCAGUUGGC